CUCACUCACUUUGCUCAGUCAGUCAACGACGGGGAGUUGAAGUGAAGUGAAUUCUGAAGGGAGAGCGGCGAGACGAGAACAGCAGCAGCUUCCACCACCACCCACCACUCUCUCUCAUCCACACUCUCAUCUCCUCCCUCCUCACCCCUCCAACCUCCAGCUUACUCACGCCCUCUCCGUAUUCCCUUAAAAAUACCUCCACCACACCCCGUCACAAUUCACUUCCACUCUCGACUCGCUGUUACUGUCUCACGUCGCACUCUCUCCGCCUCACCACUCACACAACCACUCCAACAACAACGACAGCAACUACUAUCCUACUCGCCAGGACUCCCCGCCGCGAGGUUUGACUAUAGACUUGCCAAGAAUUACGCGAUCUCGACAACUACAAGAUCCAAGAUGACUAUCGCCGCGACUAAGAGUAUAGAGAAGGAAGGGGAGACCAAAAAGGUCGUCAAUGUCGAUGAGAAGGUGACCAUCAAGCUCACGCAUCAUGAGACCGUUACGCUUCCCGUGAAAGGCGAACGCAACGUCUUAAUCACCUCCGCCCUCCCCUACGUCAACAACGUCCCCCAUCUCGGAAACAUCAUCGGCUGCGUCCUCAGCGCCGACGUGUUUGCCAGAUACUCCCGCCUCCGUGGCUACAACACCCUCUACAUCUCCGGCACCGACGAGUACGGCACCGCCACCGAGACGAAAGCACUCGAGGAAGGGAUCACGUGCCAGGAACUGUGCGACAAGUACCAUGCGGUGCAUGCAUCGACUUAUGAGUGGUUUGGGCUGGAUUUUGACCAUUUUGGACGGACGAGUACCAAAAAGCAUACUGAGAUCACGCAAGCGCUGUACAAGGAGAUCGAGGCAGAGAUGACCUUCACAAAGACCUUGACGCAGUUAUACUGCGAGCACCACAAAUCCUUCCUCGCCGACCGCUUCGUCGAAGGCACCUGCCCCACAUGCGCCUACCCCGACGCCCGCGGCGACCAAUGCGACAACUGCGGCAAACUCCUCGACCCAACCGACCUCCUCCACCCGACCUGCAAGCUCGACAAGACCACCCCCGUCCUCCGCGAAACAGAACACAUCUUCCUCGACCUCGGUAAAUCCCAGCAGAAAUUGGAAAAGUGGGUCGAUGAGUGUAGCGUAAAGGGCGAGUGGAGUGCGAAUACGUUGAAUAUCACGAAAGCGUGGUUGAAGGAGGGACUGAGGGAACGGUGUAUCACACGGGAUUUGAAGUGGGGGGUGCCGGUGCCCAAGGAGAGGUUCAGGGAGAAGGUUUUCUAUGUUUGGUUUGAGGCUUGUAUCGGGUAUCCAUCGAUCACGGCGAAUUUCACGGACGACUGGGAGAAAUGGUGGAAGAACCCGGCCGAGGUGCAGCUAUUCCAGUUCAUGGGCAAGGACAAUGUGCCGUUCCAUACGGUUGUGUUUCCGUCUACGUUGCUGAAUGCGAAGGAGGAGUGGACUUUGCUGCAUCAUGUUAGCACUACUGAAUAUCUCCAAUACGAAUCCGGCAAAUUCUCCAAAUCCCGCUCCGUCGGGGUCUUUGGCAACCACGUCCGCUCCCUCCCCUUACCGCCAGCCGUCUGGCGCUACUACCUCCUCGCUAACCGCCCGGAAUCCUCCGACUCGCAGUUCACGUGGGCCGGCUUUGUCGCCGCGAAUAAUAACGAGCUGUUGGCGAAUUUGGGCAAUUUCGUCAAUCGGGUCGUUAAGUUUGUGGGGGCCAAAUAUGGAGGGGUUGUACCUGGGGCGACGUUACCGGAUUUGAAUGAGGUUGGGCUUGGGGAGACGGCCAAGACGGAUUUCCCCACCCCGGAACACAAACUCCUCCACGAAGUCAACACCCUCCUCACCCAAUACAUCACAACCCUCGAAUCCGUCAAACUCCGCCACGCCCUCAAGUUGGCCAUGGACAUCUCCGCCCGGGGCAACGCCUAUCUCCAAGACAACAAACUGGACAACAAACUCUUCUCCGACAACCGGUCCCGAUGCGACACGGUCGUCGCCACCGCCCUGAACCUUGCCUACCUCCUCUCUGCCCUCAUCGCCCCCUACAUGCCGGGAACCGCCACCCAGAUCGAAGAGAUGCUGAAUGUACCCGUGAGACGGAUCACGGACACGUGGACGGGCGGGGAUAUACGCGAGGGCCACCUUGUCGGCAAAGCGACGUAUCUGUUUACGCUGAUCAAGCCGGAGAUGGUGGAUAUCUGGCGGGCCAAGUACGGCGGCUCCCAAGCCGCGUCUGACGCACCCCCCGAGGAAUCGAAGACGUCGAAACGGAAGGCGGCGAAAGCGGCGGCGGCGGCGGCCAAGACUGCUACCGCCGCUGCGAUCACAUUGCCGGAGGGGUUUGUCAAAAGCAGGGAAUUGGAGGAGUUGGAGAAACGGCAGAGUGAGGUCGGCGAAAAGGUUAGGACGGCGAAGAAGGACGGGAACGCUGGGGUUGUGGCCGACGCGCUCAAGGAGUUGGUGGCGUUGAAGGAGAGUGUGAGGGAGGUGCUGACCAAGGAAGUGGAGGCGUGGAAGGCGGCGAAUGCGCCUGUGAGUUCGUCGUGAUUCCCCCCCUCUCUUGGCCGUACUAUUCACAUCACUCCUUACCGAUCACUGCGGACACCACUCUCUUUAACCGCCCAAUGGGAUUUUGUGUCGAUUUGGGAUUGGAGGUUGAACUUUAUGCAUAUACACACCACAUAUCGUAUUCCCGCUGUCCUUUUCGUAGAUUUUUUUUUUCUUUUCUUUUGUUUUUCUUUCUCUCUUUUUCCCGUUCUGUCCUUUGCGUAGAGUAUACACCCCGCAAAUAUGCAUCCUUGCGUUUUGUUCCGUUACAUCGGUGCAAUCGAUGAACCAGUGUGUGCGCGCGGGGAUUCCAAAGGACCCAGGGGUUUUUGCAGUGACCAGAGAGAGAGACACACGGAUCAGCAGAAAAUCGCUUUCAC